UAGUCAUUAGCAUAGUCAUUAGCAUAGUCAUUAGCAUACAUUAGCAUUAGCUCAUUAGUCAUUAGUCAUAGUUCUGUCGCAAAUGCAUAUUUUUUUUGAGACACACCCAAAUUCGCAGAAUAAACUAGACACUGUAUAGAUAUGCAACUGGAGCGAUACAUAUAAGACAAGCAGAAGGAACUUGCCACUUUCUUUCUCCAUGAUAUAGAAACAAGUUGAGUACACACAUCCAUGUCUGAUAUAGAGAGUGACUUUGAAUACGAAGACGACUUCGAGGGGUCGGAGGAUGGACUCUACGAAUCAGAAGAUGACUCUCAAUCAUUAGUACCAACCCAAGAAGACAAUUACCUUAGAGGAGAAUAUAAUAAUUUAGAGUAUUAUCCAUGGACAAUUAAACCGUUUAUACGAUAUAAUUUUCAAGAUAAAAUUGCCAGUGUAAGGAAUCAUAUUCCCUUAGCCACUGUAGAUGAAGCUUUAAUACUAUUACAAUAUAAGAAGUGGCAGCCUGAUGAAGUUAUUAAUGCUUAUUUUGAUAAACCUCAAGAAUUGUUAAAUGCUUGUGGAUUGCCGGCAAUAGGUACAAGUAAUAAUCAAUUUGAAACAGUCAAAAAAUUCGAAUGUAGUAUAUGUUGUGAAAAAUUCCGAACUACGAGAGUUUAUUCUUUAACGUGUAAGCAUAAAUAUUGUUUAGAUUGUUAUAUGAGAUAUAUUCAAAGCAGUAUUCAAUCAGGAAAUUUGAUUAAAUGUAUGUCUACUAAAUGUUCAUAUGUGGUACCACAUAGUGAUAUUGAUAAAAUAAUUGGAAAUAAAGAAGAAAAUCAACUUUUAUUGGCUCAUGCUAGGGCAUUUAUUGAUGCUAGUAGUAAGUUUAAGUGGUGUCCUUCAACUGAUUGUCAAGGUUUUACUGAAAUUAUUAAAAGUAAUGGAUAUGAAUCAGAUCUUGAUUCAUCUGAUAUAUCCAAAGUACCUAUUGUAAGUUGUGUUGAUCGUCAUGAGUUUUGUUUUAAUUGUAAUUAUGAAAAUCAUUUACCUUGUCCAUGCUGGAUAGUAAAACUUUGGAUUAAGAAAUGUCAAGAUGAUUCUGAAACCGCCAAUUGGAUAGAGGCUAAUACUCAUAGUUGUCCUAAAUGUGAUUCCAGUAUUGAAAAGAAUGGAGGGUGUAAUCAUAUGACGUGCAAAAAAUGUAGUCAUCAGUUUUGCUGGAUUUGUUUGGGCUCCUGGAAAGAGCACAAUAGAGAUUACUUUAAAUGUAAUAAAUUCAAAGAAAGUAAAAGUAUAGAAGAACGAAAGAAUAAGAGUAAAUUGUCCUUACAACGGUAUUUACAUUUCUAUAAGAGAUUUGCCAUUCAUGAAAGUUCUAUGAAGGGAGAUUUAAGAACUUUAGCGAUAAUUCAUGAGAUUACGCGAAUGUAUAUGGAAAAACGUAAGAAUCAAGAACAGAAUUUAUCAUGGAAUGAUAUUCAAUUCUUACCUGAUGCUAUACGAGGGUUAAUAGUUGGUAGAAAAACUUUAAAAUGGACUUAUUGUUUUGCAUAUUAUCUUUCCAAGAGUAAUUUUGCCCAAAUUUUUGAAUCAAAUCAAGAUUUUCUUAAUAAAACAGUGGAAGACUUAUCAGAAUUAUUUGAAAAAUUGAUAAGUAAGGAUAAUAAAGAUAAUGUAGUAGAUAUUAUUCUUAAGGAGAAGAAUAAAAUUAUUAAUUUGAGUGAAUUAAUAAUGACUCGUAAGAGAACUCUUGUCAGUGGUACUAUCUUGAAUGUUCAACAGGAUCUCUUAAGGUUUGAAGCAUGAUUAGAUAUAUGCAUAUAUAUAUUUGUAGUAAUUAGCUGCAAACACGUACUACGUAGUAUGUACAGGACCAUAAUAAACAAAUAAUAAAGAAAUAAAAGAAAAUAAGAGCGAAAUUAAGAAUGGUCUUGGCGCACGACCGGAGCCCUUAUCAGCUUGCAAAUUAAACAAAUUAAAUGCGGCCGUUCCCAAAAGGGAAAGUAUUAUCUAAGAGAUAAUCAACGAUGAAUUGAUGGAUUCAUGA